UCUCUCUCUCUUUCAGAACGUGAUGUUCCCUGGUGCUGGAGAUGAGGGCAUCUUGGAGUACAAGUCUGUCAUCUACUACCAGAUCAAACAGCCACGCUGGUUUGAAACCAUCAAGGUUGCCAUCCCUAUUGAAGACUGAACCGAAGUCACCUGCGAUUCACCUUCCGUCACCGAUCAUCUCAAGAAUCCAAAGACAAAUCGGAGAAGAUAUUCGCCCUGUCGUUUGUGAAGCUGAUGAGGUACGAUGGGACGACCCUGAGGGACGGAGAGCACGAUCUCAUCGUAUACAAGGCGGAGGCUAAGAAGCUGGAGGACUCGUCUCUAUAUCUGAACCUGCCUGCUACCAAGGUGGAGCUGGAGGAGAAGGGUUUGUCCACUACAGGGAAGGGUACACACAACCUGGGCAACUGUACCAUCAGCAAGGACUCCUUCCAGAUAGCAACCCUGGUGUGUUCCACCAAGCUCACACAGAACGUGGAUCUGUUGGGCCUGCUGAAGUGGCGCUCCAACACCAGCCUCCUACAGCAGAACCUCCGACAGCUGAUGAAGGUCGAGGGAGGAGAGGUCGUCAAGUUUCUGCAGGACACCCUUGAUGCCCUGUUUAACAUUAUGAUGGAGAACUCAGACAGUGACACGUUUGACACCCUGGUGUUUGAUUCCUUGGUAUUCAUAAUUGGACUCAUUGCAGACAGAAAGUUUCAGCACUUUCACCCCGUCCUUGAGACCUACAUUAGGAAGCAUUUCAGUGCUACUCUGGCGUACACGAAGCUGACCAAGGUUCUGAAGAACUAUGUGGAGAAUGCAGAGAAGCUGACGGAACAGCUGCUGAAGGCCAUGAAAGCUCUGGAGUACAUAUUCAAGUUUAUAGUGCGUUCCAGGGUCCUCUUCAACCAACUGUAUGAGAACAAAGGAGAAGCAGACUUCAUGGAGUCCUUGAGGAAUCUCUUCACUUCCUUCAAUGACAUGAUGAACAUCAACUCUGAGAACACAGGCAUGGUAAAGGGUGCAGCGUUGAGAUACGUCCCCACCAUCGUGAACGACGUCAAACUGGUCUUCGAUCCCAAGGAGCUCAGUAAACUGUUCACAGAGUUCAUUCUGUUUGUCUUUACAGUAAACUGUUCACAGAGUUCAUUCUGA